AUGUCACAAGAUAAGAGAAAAAACCAUUUAGUUGUUUUAAUUCACGGACUAUGGGGAUCAGCCCAGAAUAUGUCUCGAUUGGAGUCGGUUCUGCACCAUAGUCUAGAUGAGACGCCUACAUGCAAGAUGCACACGUAUGCACCAGAUUGUUUUUCUCAUUUCAAAACUUACGAUGGGAUUGAGUCCAUUGGCGGUUACAUAAUACCUGACCUGUUCAAACAUCUGGAGAGACUGCAAGCGGAACACGGAAUUGUUAUCGAGGAAAUCAGUUUUGUCGGAUAUUCCCUAGGUGGAUUGAUUGCCCGGUAUAUUAUCGGAGAACUAUAUGAAGUCGGGUUUUUUGAGAAGAUAAAACCGGGGUUUUUUACCACGUUUGCCACCCCGCAUUUGGGAGUGACUUUUUAUAACAGUCGAAUUUUGAAUGUGUGUGGCUCACACUUUUUAGGGCAAACCGGUAGAGAUUUGUUUUUAGUGGAAAAUGUUGACGGAAUUGUUUAUAAGUUGUGUGAUCCGGAAAGACGAUACUAUAAGGGAUUGAGCUUGUUCAAAACAAAAAUUUGCGUUGCUAAUGCUAAAUUUGAUAGGACAGUUGGAUUUUAUUCUGCCUUCAUCACCAAGUACGAUGUUUUCAAUGACUGGAACUCUGUCAACCCAAAAUAUAUUCAGGGUCUACCCACAGCCACUCUUACAGAAAAUGGGAAGCAGAUUCAGUGUAUGGUUAUUGAUUUCAAUGAGUCCGAGAGGAUUGACCCCGCUGAGAAGCAUAAAGAUCCCUCUCAAUCUUCACCUUCGCAUAGUAAGUUUGCAAUGACUAUAUUACUAACGGUUGGUUUCUUCUUAUUUCCAGUGAUUUUUUCUGUGAGCCUUUUUGCCACAGUAAAGAGUUACAUGAGGAGACGUGUUUUACCUAUUCCGGACUUUGCCAAGUUGUGGAAAAGUCAAAAUUUCUUGAAAGAAUCAGAUAAAAAUCAAGACCAUGAUGAUGGUUACAAUGAAGCAGAUAAUCUACAGCGGGGACCUAUUGGGGUUUCUCACAUUACAAGAGAAGUUGUAGAGAAUGGUUUGAAUAUGAUCAAUGAAGACGUUGACGCGGACAUUGACCAAAAUACACAGAAAAAGUCAUCGACUGAUACAUCGAAAUCUUAUUCAAUAGAUGUUGAAUUUGAGCUAGAUUACAAGUCGAGAGCAGAUUCUGUAGAGAAUCUUGUCAAUAACCUGAUCAAUAACGAUUUGUCGAAUGUUGGCUUGGCAAAGAAUCUUAAUCCGCUACCAUUCAAUGACGUAAGGCAACGCAUCUUAGAUAACCUCAAUUCCUUACCUUGGACCAAAAUUGCGGUGUUAUUGCAUAACUUGAAUGCACACCAAUCUGUUGUCGGCAGACGCGGCUUCGAAAGAACCCCUGAAAGCAUUCCAUUUUUAUUCUUAUAUUCUUUUCUUAUUGAUACUAGCAUGAAGCAGUACUCAAAUUAA